GCCAAGUCCCGCCGGCCCACCUCUGCCCCGCACAAGCCGGAGAAACACUGGCACAACCCACCGCCCGCAGCGUUCAACUGGCCCGCGGGCCGCGUGGCCUCUGAAUCUCCCGUGAACCACCCGCACGCCUCCCACCAGCACCACCAACAUCACCCCACGCUGGGCGCUGUGGCCACACGCUUUGCCAGUCCUCCCGCAGGUCACAGCCCGUCUGGCCCAGUGAGCGGAGGGCAGCUACCCCCGGGGUCGUACCCCAUGGUGGGAAGUGUCGGGGCACCGCACCACCAGAUGGUGAUGGGACCCGCGGGCUACGGUGGGCGGCCCGGGUCGCUGGAGGUCCCGCAGCCUCUCAAGAUGGCCGACGUGAUGGGGGAGGGGCCGGACAGACAGCAGCGCUUCUCCUCCCCCGUCGGGCCCUCCCUGGUCAGCAGCCGGCCACCCAAUUACUACCAGCAUCACCAGCACCCCUCCUCCACUCUCCGAUCGUCCCCCCUGAGCUCAUCCAGCCAACACGCCAGUUUGUCCUCCCCCAUCGGCUCUUUCCCUGGCGACAUGGACCAUGACCGACCGGUCUCCUUCCACGGGGCGCCUGGCGACCGCUACAGCUCUCCUAGUCCUUCGCAGCGGAGUUACAGCACGUUAGACCGGCUGACCCCGACCUUCAACGAAGAUCUGUACACCUCUCGCCUCGCCCGCAACUCUCCACGGGGCCGCCCCUUCCUGGAGGAGGAAGGUCGCCAGACGGCCUUCACCAAGCGCGACAAGGUCAUCGAACGAAUCCGCAUUCCAUCCAGCACCAGCGUCAACACAAAGUCCGGCUCUGUGGAAAUUGUGUCUGGACGCAGCAGUCCUGGCUCCCCUAUGUUCCCGCUGGACCACCGAGGCUCGCUCAAAUACAAGUGUUGUCCGAGUAGUGAUGAGUAUAUCUACCGCAGGAAGACGUGUGUGGGAUCAACAUGCGUAACGCCAACUACGACCACGCCACCACGGUACUCCGGCAGUGUGGGGAUAACCUGACUAUGAAGGUCCAGUAUAACCCUGAAAAAUACAACGAGCACCAGGAUGCGUCCAGCAGUACGUCCAUCAACUCUUCCCUGGCCACCUCACCCACUCAUUCCAGUCAGAACAACGGAGACAAGUCGACGAAACACGGGCGUGGGCAGGGUUCAACUCUGUGGACUUCCGUGCUGUGACUGCUGAGAAGGCGAUGGUGGAGCUGAACAGACCCUGUGCCACUAUGACGCUCUGUGUGUUCCUCAACUUUGCCACAGUGACUCUGUGCCUAUACUGGACGAUUCCAUCCUGGGCUACACGCAAGUGGAAAAAAUUGAAUUAAAGACAACGCGGCCCGUGGUGUUGCUAGCCCCCCUGGCCGAGGCCCUCAUCAGAAAACUGGUGGCAGAAUCUCCAGACAAGUACAGCUACUGUCAGCCUGCCCCGAUGCGAGCGUCCCCCGCCACCAUGGAACAGUCGCUGGCCGAGGGUGUCCUCAUCGACUACUGGAAGGAGGAGGAGGUGUACCAGUGUGUGCGAGCCGCCGCUGUCAAAGACAUCUGUGAUAGGCCAUCAUACAAGGAGGGAACCUGGCAGAGAUGUGCAGACACAUACAGACUGUGAUAGCCACGGAGCAAAAGAAAGCCAUCUGGGUGACCAGCCAUGUGGUCUGACCGCGACCCACGACUCAACGACCCUCGACACCCAUGACCCUCGACCCGCGCCCCCCACUGACCCACGACCCUGGGCCCACGACUUUCGACCCACUGACCCAUGACCCCCGACCCCCACUGCCCCCGCCAGCCAGAGAGGGCCAAUGUGCUUAGACCAGGAAACUUUCACGUUUCAGUUGUCCGUGUUUGUCACACGUUUGUCUACCAGUGUGUCUCUGUACAUUUGUACAUUUUGUGUCCUGUGUACAUUUGUACGUUUUGUCUGUGUGUACAUUUGUACAUUGAGCUGACUAUCUUGUCCACCCUCGCGGGAGGGGCUAUUGUUUCAUCAGGACUGGGUUUUUGUGACAAUUGUUAUUGCUUUGUCCAGGGGAAGUUUGCUGGCAUUGUGGGGAAAAUCGGGCGCUCGUCACAAUAAGGGAAGCAGACAUUUUCCUGCUCCUUGGGCAAGUUUUCAUGGGGGGGGGGCUCGGCACCUUUUAUGUCCAUUUAAGAACACAUUGCUGUCCAUUUAAAUACAGAUUUUUGUGUAAAUUUUACUGAAGAACUUGGAUCAAAGGCACAAAAACUUCUACUUGCAGUUUCCGGGGACUCUCAAGAUUUGGAAGUAGCCAAACUUUUGUAGCCAUUUUUCUGGCUAAUUUGACCACGGACACCAGGAUACCCCCUCACCUCCUUCAGUAGCAAAUGUCUCGACUUGUAUUUCUAGAUAGAUGGCGAGUUCUUCCCUCAAAAGCAAGACAAAUGAACUAGCUUUUACAUUCUGCCAUCACUGCGUCUGCCCAAAAAGUGACGAGCGCCCGAUUCCACCGCGCCGUGACACAUGCGUCGUGACACAUGCCAUGCGUCGUUACACACCGCACCGUGACACAUGCGUCGUGACACAUGCCAUGCGUCGUUACACACCGCACCGUGACACAUGCCUCGUGACACAUGCGUCGUGACACAUCCGUCGUGACACAUGCACUGUGACACACAUAUCGUCAGACAGCUGUUCUCAUGGACUAAGCCCAAAAGUUGGAAUUCCUGUUGGGUUGUUUUGGGUUGGGUUUUUUUUCGUUUCCGUUCUAUAAUCUGUGGCAGUGGUUGCAUGUGCUCAAGAAAUGUAGUGUGGAAAUUCCAAUUGUGAAUGUUGAGAAAUUACAAGAAAAGAGUCAAAAUGUAGUUAGGUGGGAAUGAGUACGGCCAUAGAUAGCCAAAGAUCUUGUCAGUAUGUUAGUGUUUUAGCGCCUAUA